AGUAUCCCGGCACAAACGGCGCGCGCGCACGGGAUUCAGGCGCAGCGCGCUCGGGGCCAUGGCGGUCUCCGUACUGUGGUUGGUAGUAGCGCUGGUGCCGUUAGGAGUAAACACACAAAAUGAUGAGUAUUUAGAAGAAUGGAACAGUAUCGAUAGAGGAUGGCCUCCCAGAUAUCCUCCAGCAGAACCAACUGAAACUGCAAGAUCUUAUGAAACUUACGGUCUGUCGGCGAGGCCAGAUGUGCCAUCUCCACGUGCACCGCCCAGUCCUGGCCUUAACUUCGCUGUCUAUGAUCCUGUAACGAGGCAACGCACUACAGCUUUCGAUCGCAACUGUACAGCGCCUGGUUGCUGUGUACCAAAAUGUUUUGCAGAAAAAGGCAAUAGAGGAUUCCCAGGCGUACCUGGACCUCAAGGCCUACGUGGUCUUCCCGGUCAUGAGGGAAUAGAAGGUCCACAAGGACCGAAAGGCGAAAAAGGUCAAAUGGGUCCACAAGGUCCUCGGGGUCCAAAAGGGGACAGGGGAAAGCCAGGUGCACAAGGUUUUAUUGGACCUACGGGAAUACAAGGUCCACAAGGUGAAUCAGGAAUGCCUGGUAUACCUGGUAAAGAUGGAUGCAACGGAACAGACGGUGAGCCUGGACCUAUUGGUGCAAAAGGAAUGCAAGGUCCUCGAGGUUUUACGGGGCCGAGAGGUGAUAAAGGUGACAAAGGAGAACCAGGAUACACGGGUCGUUAUCCUAAAGGCCAAAAAGGAGAGCCGGGAGCUGACGGUAUGCAAGGCAGACAAGGUCCAGUCGGGCCGCAGGGACCUCCGGGUUUAACAGGGCCUAGAGGAAAUACUGGCCCAAUGGGUCCAGCUGGAGCAAAAGGAGACAAAGGUUCGAAAGGAUCAAGGGGAUUGGCAAUCAAAGGAGAUAAAGGUGAUAGAGGUGAUCGGGGUGAUAAAGGACCUGCUUGUCCAGCAACUGGCACCUUACCGGUAUUCGAUAAUACAAAAGGCGCUAUUAGGGGAAGUCCUGGUGAUAUGGGCGAAAAAGGCGCUAAAGGUGAACCUGGUAACUUAGGAGAAAAAGGAGAUACAGGUCCAAUGGGCGAACCAGGAAUUCCUGGACCAAUAGGUGCAAAGGGAGAAAAAGGCAUUAGAGGAAAUCCAGGAGAACGGGGUCGGGACGGAAUGUAUGGUGCACCAGGACCAAUGGGACAAAAAGGAGAUCGUGGCUAUGAUGGUUUGCCAGGCUUAGCUGGUAGACCUGGCAGUAAAGGUGAACCCGGAAGAGAUGGAUCACCAGGACCGCGAGGUCUGAAGGGUAUACCUGGCCCAGCAGGUGGUUUGACUGGAUCUCGCGGCCCUCCAGGGCCACAAGGACCAAGAGGGUACCCUGGUCCAGCUGGACCAAAAGGAACUGAUGGGAAACCUGGAGAACAAGGUCAACCUGGCCCUAUGGGGCCACCAGGUGGGCAAGGUGAGCCAGGAGCACCGGGAAUAGAAGGACCUGCUGGCCACAAAGGUGAAAAAGGUGAACCAGGACUGGAUGGAGCACCGGGUGGUGUAGGCCCAAGAGGCUACGAUGGUCCUGUGGGGCCCCAAGGGCCUAGAGGACUUAAGGGCGAUGAUGGGUUAACUAUUCCGGGUCAUAAAGGUGACAGUGGAUUACCAGGUAUUCCAGGUGAAAAGGGACAAAAGGGAGAAAGAGGCUAUACAGGUUUACGUGGUGUACCAGGUAAUUCAACCUUAGGAACACCAGGAAGCCCUGGUGAAAUGGGUCCACCGGGAGAUAAAGGCGACAAAGGUAGUCCUGGUUUUGAUGGUAUACCAGGUAACCCAGGUCCUAAAGGAGAUAUAGGAGGCCGAUGUAAUGAAUGUUAUCCUGGCGGACCAGGUCCUAAAGGAGACCGUGGAUUGGAUGGUUUAUCUGGUGCCCCUGGAGAAAGAGGACCACCUGGUCCAGUUGGUGUUCCAGGAGAAAGAGGAGCUGAUGGUCUUAAUGGAUUACCUGGUGGGGCUGGAGCACCAGGUGAACGAGGUGAUGAUGGGCCAAUUGGUCCUCCAGGUGAACCAGGUAAAGACGCCAUGAUUCCGUCUAAUUUAAUAAAAGGUGAACCAGGCCGCAAAGGUGAUCGUGGACCGCCAGGACCAAUCGGACCUAAAGGAGAUAGAGGAUAUGAUGGCCCCAAAGGAGAUCGAGGUCAAAUUGGUAUGCCAGGACCCAAAGGCGAUAAAGGGGAUUCCGGACCCCCGGGUAUAGACGGAAUCCCUGGUAAUGAUGGUUUCCCAGGAACUCCUGGUAUGAAGGGAGCCAGUGUAAAAGGAGAAAAGGGAACACCUGGUGAUAAAGGCCUUAAAGGAGAUAAAGGAACUCCAGGAAGAACGGGUCCAAAAGGUGAACGAGGGCAGUGUGCGCCGCAAAAUUUAGAACUUACUAGAGGUGACCCUGGAGCACAAGGUGAACCUGGAGCUCAGGGACCACCAGGUGAGCCUGGCGAGAAAGGUGAUAAAGGAAUACCAGGGCGACCAGGUGAAAAGGGAGAUUUAGGAUUACCAGGUAGACAUGGACCAGCUGGACCUAGAGGUCUUCCAGGACCAAGAGGAGAUAAAGGUGACUUGGGCCCUAUAGGGUUCCCAGGAACUCAAGGUGCAAAAGGUCCACAGGGUUUCCCAGGCAUCCCAGGAUCUAAAGGAGAUAAGGGUGAAAUUGGCCCUUCAAUGCCAGGGCCGUCGGGACCUCCAGGCUUGCCCGGCCUUAAAGGAGAUCAGGGCCCAAGAGGGAUAUCAGGAAUACCCGGUAACGAUGGCCCACCGGGACCAAUAGGAUUACCAGGAGAAAAAGGAGACAGAGGUUACACUGGACGACCAGGACAAGUCGGACCCCAUGGAUUAAAAGGAGAGCCAGGCCCAGUGGGUCCUCCUGGCAUAGCAGGGACACCAGGUAUUCCAGGGAGAGAGGGACCAAAAGGACAACCAGGUUAUCCAGGAUUACAAGGGAAACCAGGCGUAAUUGGACUGCCUGGUCUGAAAGGAGAGCCAGGUAUACCAGGACGUGAAGGACAAAAAGGAUUGCCAGGAUCACGAGGUAGACCAGGAACUCCUGGCUCUCCAGGUAUACAGGGUACUCCAGGAGAAAAGGGUGACAAAGGAGAUAUAGGAUUACAAGGAGUACCAGGAGAACCUGGAUUAGACGGACCACCAGGUCCAAUCGGAUUACCAGGCUUAAAAGGAGAUCAAGGUUACCCAGGACAACCGGGAAUUGCAGGAAGGAUGGGAUCACCAGGUGAAAAAGGAAAUUUGGGUCCUCCUGGUAUGCCUGGUCACAAAGGCGAACCAGGUCAGGCAUCUGAUAAAGGAGAGAAAGGAGAGCCCGGAAUACCAGGAGUUAAUGGAUUGGACGGUGCACCUGGUCCAAGAGGUGAAAAGGGUGAUAAAGGUGAUACAGGAGCACCUGGUUUUGGGAUACCAGGUGCAGUUGGACCAAAAGGUGACAGUGGUUUGCCAGGCCGAAAUGGAAUACCCGGAUAUCCAGGUCCGAAAGGUGAUGCCGGUAUUCCUGGCUUCCCAGGAAUAAAAGGAGAUAGAGGGUUACCUGGUGAACCUGGAACACCAGGAUUACCAGGUAUAGAUGGCGCACCAGGAAUACAGGGUGACUCCGGAUUGCCUGGACCACAAGGUGCUAAAGGUGAGAGGGGUGAAAAAGGAUCAGCUGGGCAAAAUGGAUUCAACGGAUUUAAGGGCGAUAGUGGUCCUGAGGGCCCACCUGGUCCGAUGGGUCCAGUUGGUUAUCCUGGACUCAAAGGAGAUAGAGGUCCUCCUGGCCCAUCGAUAAACGUUAAAGGAGAGAAAGGAGAAAUGGGUCCCCAAGGCUUUACCGGUGAAAAAGGCGAUAAAGGAGAUAGAGGUUUACCAGGCCUGCAAGGACUACAAGGCGAGAAGGGCGACCAAGGGUAUUCUGGAGAAAAAGGAGAUAGAGGUCUAACUGGAUUUACUGGAGAGAAAGGUGACAUGGGACCCUCAGGUCCUGCAGGCAUACCGGGAAGAACAGUGGUUGGAGAAAAAGGAUUACCUGGUAUACCAGGUAAACAUGGCCGGCCAGGUUUAAAAGGAGCAUCUGGUGAAAAGGGCGAGAGAGGUUUGCCAGGACUUCCUGGACCAACUGGCCGACAAGGCGCGUCAGCGCCUCCUGGUCCUAUGGGAGAAAAAGGUGAUCAAGGUCGUGAAGGACUGGCAGGUCCACCAGGUAUCGAUGGUUCACCAGGUUAUCCUGGACCUCCUGGUGUUGUUGGUGCUAAAGGCGAUAAGGGAGAUAAAGGUGCUACUGGAUAUGGCUUACCAGGUGAAAAGGGAGACCAGGGGCCACAAGGUUCACCUGGUAUACAGGGUCAAAAAGGUGAUAAAGGUGAACGUGGUUUGAACGGCCUUGAUGGACAACCCGGGCCACAAGGUAUGCAAGGUGAAAAAGGCGACCGAGGAUUCGCAGGUAGAAUCGGAUAUACAGGAGUACAAGGAGCUAAGGGUGAUAAAGGCGAUGCCGCGUCGAUCAUUUAUGGACCCAAAGGAGAACCGGGACCACGUGGUCCACCUGGCUUAAAUGGCCUUGCUGGAUUAGACGGUUCGCCUGGUUCACCCGGAUUAGAUGGAGCACCUGGAGAAAAAGGUGAUCGUGGUUACCCAGGGCCACAGGGGCCUCCUGGACCUCCUGGUCCUCAAGGACUUCAAGGUUUGCAGGGUGAUAGAGGAGAAAUUGGAAUUACAGGUAGACAAGGCAUUCCUGGAGCACCUGGUGCACCGUGUCUUAACCAAGAUUAUUUGACAGGAAUUCUCUUAGUUAGACAUAGUCAAAGUGCUGUUGUACCGCAAUGCGAACCAGGGCAUGUAAAACUAUGGGAUGGAUAUUCAUUGCUUUACAUAGAUGGUAACGAGAAAGCCCAUAAUCAAGAUUUAGGUUAUGCGGGAUCUUGUGUGAGAAAAUUCAGCACAAUGCCUUUCUUAUUCUGUGACCUCAAUGACGUGUGUAAUUAUGCUAGUCGAAAUGACAGAAGUUAUUGGUUAUCUACUGGCGAAGCUAUACCAAUGAUGCCUGUUGAAGGAAACGAUAUUGCCAGAUAUAUUUCAAGGUGUGUGGUUUGCGAAGUUCCUGCAAAUGUAAUAGCUGUACACAGUCAGACUUUGGAUAUUCCUUCUUGUCCGGGAGGAUGGAGUGAACUUUGGAUUGGAUACAGUUUCGUAAUGCACACGGGAGCUGGUGGUCAAGGCGGUGGUCAAGCUUUGGCAAGUCCAGGCUCAUGCUUAGAAGACUUCCGCGCUACACCAUUUAUUGAGUGUAACGGCGAAGGUGGAACAUGCCACCACUUUGCCAAUAAACUUAGUUUCUGGUUAACGACUAUAGAAGAUAGCGAACAAUUCGCUAGUCCUAAAAGAUCUACUCUUAAAUCUGGAAGGUUACUGGAGCUUGUAUCGAGAUGCACAGUAUGCAUCAAAAACACAUAGCAUUCAUAAAAUAAUCUAAGAAAUAAAACCUAAAAUAAGUAUCGAUUAUUGUAGUUAUUUUGUACAGAAAAUUAUAAUAAAAAAUACGCAGGUGACAUAACAUCCUGUCAUCUACAUAUAUAUACUUAAACUAUUAAUGAAUUAAAAAUUUAACUGUUCAGUUUGAAUUCAAAAAUGUACGCCUAAAUGUUUUUCUAUCAUAAUAAGGUCACACCAAAGCAAUAUUCUUAAGAUUUGCGUGAUAUAAGUCCACUAUUACCGAUUCUUAACAUGAUUUUAUUCCUAUAUCAUGAUGUGAUUUAUUAUUAUAUAAAUAGAUUCUAUAAAUCGGAAUUGUUUACGGACUAUUAUUAAUUAUAUAUUAUGAUUAAUUUCUCAUACCAUUUGAUGAAAAGUUCCCUAGUCACAGAAAAAUCCAACUAUUUAUGUAACAAUGGUAAUCUAAUUUGUGAUAAUUUGAUAUACAGAUUGACUGUAAGUUAUUAAUAUUGAUGCAUACAUUUAAAAUUCAGACCAAUAUAUUUUUAUUAAUUCAUUCGAAAUAUGUAUUACAUUAACAAUGAGCUUUAGGUAGUGAUGGUAAUUAUACUAUUAUUACGUUGAUAGAAACACUGCCAUAAUAGAAUAAUAAGAUUAGAAUUUAGUUACAUUUGAUCCUUAAUGAUAUAAUAGAUUAGUUGGUGUGAAACACCUUGAUAAAUGAUACAACAAUUAUUAUUAUUAUUAUACAAUUUCUUCAUUAUAACGUUCAGAUGUAAGUAAAUUCUAAUGGGUAAAUAAGAUGAACUCAGUUUUUAAUAAAUAAUGUUAAAAUG